UUUAAAAUAGUUUCCUUAUCCAAAGGAACCACUUCCACAAGACCAAACAACAGUGAAAAAUAUGCUAUUUGAUUUAUUGCUAGCAAUGUUUCAAAAGUUAAUGGAAACUCAGCCACUUUUUAUAGCAAUUGAUGAUGCACAUAAUAUGGAUGAUGAUUCUUGGAAAUUGUUAUACAAUGCUGCUCGUGCUUAUCAUCAUCUUAUUUGUAUAGUAGCAACUAGUGUGACUGGUUUUAACAGAAGUGUUGUUAAGAAAAUAAUGAAAGGUCAAGUUACAACCAUUAUUUUGCAGCCUCUUGAGUCAAAUUUUACAGGAAUAAUUGCCUGUCAUUUUCUUAAUGUUAUUGGAAUUCAUAAGAAAAUAAAUGACUUUUUAAUAAAGCAUGCUAAAGGGAAUCCACAAUGGAUUAAAGAAUUGUUAUUGUGUCUUGAAGCCCAAAAGCUCAUCAAAUGUACAUCGUAUCCAUUAACUGCUAAAUUAUAUGAUAGAUAUCAAUCUGAUUUUAUUUUCCCAUGUAAAAAAUAUUUUAGUGAUAAAUUUUAUAAUAAAGCAUGGAUUCCAAUGGAAAAAGAAGCUCCACCAGAAAGUGUUGGAAAUAUGAAAAACAUAACUUCAACUCCUGUAUGUAGCAUUUAAAAUUAUCAUUAUAUUUAUAAUAGGUGCAUUGUCUGAUAAAAACACAUAAAACAGCUUUGUUCAAAGACAGUUUAACAACUUCCAUUUUAAAUUAGAUGCCAAGUGUGGUAAAAUUUGGGAGUGUUGAAAACAAAAUUUAAGAUGGCUGCUACAAAACAAAGUAUUUGUAAAAUUUUUUAGAUAGAAUUAUGUGUCAUUUGACUGUCUUAAAUUUUGUAACUUCAUUUACAGUUUUGUCAUUUUUGAGUAAACAUUUUGAUUUUUAUAAAAAUAGGCAUUUUAAAAACAGCAACAUAGCAGUAGAACUGGCUUUUUUUUUCAAAAUCAAAAAUAAAUUAAUCAACUUUCAGCAGCCUAACUGAAGAAGUUUUAUCAGGCAAUGCAUCCAAUGACUUAAAUGUAAUAAAUUAAUACAGUGAAACCUGGAUUUAGCAGACACCUAUAUUUAGUAAACAAAACUUCUGGUCCAAGUAUAGCAAUAUAACUAAGUUAUUAACAUAUUUUUACCUUGAUUAAACAGACAUUACUUUCUACAAACAAUGGAUAAAAAUUUGCUUCUCUAUCUAUUCUUUGAACCUAAGUUAAGUGGAUUAUACAAUAGAUUACAUGUUUCCAUAAUUAUCAGUUAAAAAACACGCUUAUCUGGUCCUUAAUUACUUAUAUUUUUGUCCACUUUGGAUAUUCUUGUGAACUAGGACUCGUAAUACUGAGGGAAGAAACACACAAUUUCAAUUAAAAUAUAUUUAUUAUAAUGUAAUCUUAAUCAUAAUUAGCAUAA